CGUAAUUUUUCUUAAAUGCCCAUUUCUAGUUACUUGUGGGAACCAGAAGCGGUCAUUUUAGAGAAAUGCUUGGCCUUUAGGUUCAGCCUCAUCCACUUUACUUCUCGGUUCCUUCAAUCUUCUGUAUUGGCCGUUCAAACUUCAAAGCGUACCCAAUUGGGGCAAAGCAGAGCUUCCAAGUUCACUACCUUCGCUGUGCCGCGGCCGUACUCCCGUGAAGUAGACAUGAUCAACGCUGGAUGUUUCGCGUGCGCCAAUUCCAUCCUCCUCUCUCAUCUGACUAAAUCUUCUAUUGCUACCCCAUAUUUUCCUAUUUCCUUCCAAAACCAUAGCGCGCACAAACCGUUAACUGCUUGCAGCCCCAACUCAAAGAUCCAAUCUUUCCGAGUUAAUGCAGCGGGUUUUAACCGAAACACAAAACCAAAUAGCAUUGUUUGCAGCGACUGUGAUGGAAAUGGUGCAAUAUUAUGCACGCAAUGCAAAGGAACUGGGGUAAAUUCUGUUGAUCACUUCAAUGGACAAUUUAAGGCUGGUGGAUUAUGUUGGCUUUGCAGGGGGAAACUGGAUAUCUUAUGUGGUAAUUGCAAUGGUGCGGGCUUUGUUGGUGGCUUCAUGAGUACAUAUGAUGAAUAGAUCAUGAACAAUAAAGGUUCCAUAAGUUUGUGUAUGAUGGAGCAUUCUGCUUCGAACUCACAUGCCUUUCUACUUUUAAUAAUCAUGUACUCCGUGAUAAGUUAUGCUUGUAGUUAUUGUUAAAAUGUCUACUAUUUGAUCCUACAUGUCUAUAUAGCUCAAA